AAAUGCAAUGAUUAUUUGUGAUUCCGAUAUCGUCAUACGAGCAGUAGAUGCAAGCCGACCUGGAUCAAGCCAUGAUGCUUUUGUUUUUAAUAUGAGUAAUGCAAAGCAACAUUAUUUGUCAAAAUAUGAAGCUGGUGACCGCGGAUCCUGGUUACUUGGUGAUUCCGGAUUCGGAAUAGAAGAAUUUUUAUUGACACCGUAUAGAGAUCCUAAUCCGGGAUCACCACAACAUAGGUUUAAUCUCCAACAUGCCAAAGCUCGUAAUAUCACAGAGAGAGUAAUAGGAGUUCUUAAAAGCAGGAUCAGAUGUCUAAAAACCGCAUUACCAUAUGCCCCACAAAAAGUAGUUAAGAUUAUAAAUAUUUGCUGUGCAUUACAUAACAUUUGUAGGCAUUAUCAAAUAGAAGACUUUGUAGAAACAGAAAGCACAACCCAACCUGAAGAAAUUUUUGAAGAAAAUACUGAACUCGAAGAAAAUACAAAUUUGAAUAAUGUUGGCCGAAAUUUAAGAGACUCAAUUGCCAAUAAUUUAAUAUUAUAG